AAAUAUAGUGGAGAAGAAGUUGCUAACUGAAAUAAUAUUAUCGAUCGGAAAAAUAAAAUCGUCGGUUUGUGGUACACUACUGAGAGAAUAGAACAGAUAGAAGCAGUCGAAGUCGCACACAUAUCUAGUUGUUUGUUAUAGAUGUUUACAUGACUAGCUUGUCUCCUCAUUCACAGUGCUUUAUAAUGUGGGGAGCAAACCACAUGAGAGGAACUGAACAUAUUUAGUUCACUUAUUUUCGAUUCCGAUGUUAGAUCUAGAUUAGAAGCCGAAGAAAAUUGAACGGUUUCAUGAAAUUACACAACUCGAGGUUGAACUUUAAUUCAGUCAAGUCUGUGCAACAGUGCGGUCGUAUGGGUUGCUUCGAUCGGUGCCGCUGACAACAACGGAAAUCAUUCUCUCUGUGUACGACGCAUCAUUGUGCCACGCGGUUUGUUGACAUCGCGCGCGUAGAUUGUUUAAAAGUGCUAUAAAAAGAGUCUUUCAUUCUUCGCGCCCGCCUGGCCUCGUUCGUUAUAUAUAAUAAACUAACCUACAAUCGCGAAUGCUAAUGUUACUUUUUUCUCUUAUUUAAUUAAACCAACCAAAGAAUAAUUUCCAUUUGUUUGCUUUAUCGUUUCUUUACUUUGUUGGUUGGUAUGUGCGCGCCUUCGACGAAAACGUAUGCGUACGUUUUCACUUGACUUUUUUAGCUUAAAAAUUUUCGCCUCCCAACGCGAUUUGCUUUGUAACGCUGCGUGGCUGUUUGUUGACACACUUUUUUUUCUGUUAAGUUGUUUGCGAGUUUUAUGAGAACACUUCUAAAUGAUGGAAUAUCCGGCUGUUUUUCUGGAGCAGCAACUCGUCACGACCAGUCUCAGUCCCAUGAUCAAUGGUCAACCCAAGGACGAAUUUGCUUUCGUUGAUGUCCUAGAGAAAGAUGAAAAGCUAUGCGAAUAUUAUCGCCGGAUGCCGGUGCUGUACGACAAGAGUCACCCGCACUACAAGUUCCAGUCGAAGAAGGAGAAGGCCUGGCGGGAGCUGAGCCGACUCUGCGAGAUGAACGUGGACCAGUGCAAGAAGCGGAUGACGUACUUCCGCUGUCGAUUCACCGUCGAGCGGCGGAUCAUGAAGAACGGGGUCAACUGUAGCGAGUGGCCACUGCUCGAUAAGCUCAAGUUCCUGAACAAACACAUCAAGAUCCGGAGGCCGCGAGCGCCGAACGGGGACGUAGAACCGGACACAGAUGACGAAUCUAACCCGUUGGCCGCUCUCCGCAAGCGUCAGAUGGAGGACGCCAAAGAUGAUCUCCACGCGUACCUCGACCUACAGCAGAUGGCUGCCGCUCAGAAUCCUCAGGCACAGCUGCACUACCAAGUCCAGCAAGCCAAACUCCAGCAGCAAUAUCCUCACGCACAGCACCAAGGCUACCAUCCGGGGCAGGACAUGGGUAUGCAUCACCUGCAGUCGCAACAUGGACCGGGUCAACCUGGAGUACAUCCCGGUGCGAAUCACCAUGGGCAUCGCGGCGAUGGUCACCAUCCCGGUCAGCUGGGGCCAAAUCCUUUGAGCGUCCAGGCCAUGCGGCCCAAUCUUUCACAGCCCACUCCAGCUGAAUCGCCCAUACCGGCAUCCAACGUGGAAGCGUCCUACAAUGUACCAAAGCGACAGCGGCUCAACUUCGACAUGGACGAAGCGGUAUCCGUUUCCAACUACAACCUCAACCGCACCGUCAAGUACCAGAACAACAUGGACCAUUCGGUUAAUCUGGACGAGCACGGUGCCUUCGGGCUCUAUGUCGGGGAAAUCCUACGAAAGCUCCCCGAACGGUUGGGAUCGGUCACGUCCCUGAAGAUUAUGCAACUUGUGCACGAAGCACAAAUCCAAUCGUUAGAUAUGGCCAGUACGGCCAACAACAACAACGCCAACAGCAACAGCAGCAAUGCCAAGAAGGACAGCUCGGCGAACAGCUCCGUCGGCAGCGAAGAGCGAAAGUCCACGGAAAGUAACGAAAGUGCGAACAAGGAGUAAACCGCGCCAUCAGAAUGCCAUUCAUGCCCCAUUCGAUUCUUCUUAGACCGAGACUAAAAUGUAUUUAUUUUACAAA